UCAUCUAUGCUUCCGUUUGUCAUUUAUGUCAGGUGAAGUUUUUCGAAAUGGUUAUCGUUCACUUGAAACAGAAAGACGAGAGUCAGUUUCUGUAUGAAACGACUCUUCAAACAUCUGUUGACGUUCUGAUUAAGAACGUUGUCGCAAUUUAUAAUGGGAGAUUGAAAGUGCACAGAAUUUGUUGCGAAAUUCAAGAAUUGGCCAAGCAUGGAAUUUUGUAUCCACCGGAAAUCUUAGGACUCACACCAGAACAAGUAGAAGAAAUGAAAUUGGAGGAUCCGUACGAAGAAAAAUGCAUUCCAAGUGGUGGAUUCAUCAUAAACCAAGAUCCAAUUGGCCGGAGGAAUGGUCGCCAGCCAAAAAAAGACAUGCAAGAGGUGCUAAAUAAAGCAGUGAAGGACGCCAAGGAAAUGAUUUCGAAGAAUCUUGUACCCUUAGGAAAACUAAUGACUCUGAAGGUCGUUCAGGAGGCAUUAAAUAUCCUUAAAGGAGCGGUCACCAUUGUUUAUCCGAUGAAAUUACCCCCACAUGACGUAAUCAGGAUGGAGUUUGAAAAUAUAGAGGAUCUAACGGGCACCCAAGCCUCUCUUGAUGUAAUCGACCCAGUCACUGCGCAGUUAUGGUUUUGUGGCAAAGAAAUGUUUCGUGAUAAAAUAGUUGCUGAUUAUGUUGGAAAAGUGGAAAACUGUAAGGUAAUCAUGAAGCUCAGCAAAAAAGGUUCUGGUGCACCUGCUAGGGAGCCAAUAAUGAACGAAGAGGAUCGGAAGCAAAUGAUGAUGCAUGCCUACAGAAAACAAGAAGAAUUGAAGAAACUGAACGCUGAUGAUGAUGACAGCUACUUGAAUUCCGAAUGGGCUGACAGUACUAAUAUGAAAAAGAGCUUUCAUGGUUUGACUAACAUAUCAUGGAGACCUGGGAAACCUUCCAAAUAAAAUGUUAAGAAUACAGUUUGAUAAAUUUGUGAUUUUUUUACUUUUUGAUCGACUAUGCUCUACAUCAAUUCAUUUUCAAUAUUUUUUAAGGGAUGUUGAAAUAUGUUUCUCUAAUACUCCAUUGCCAUUAAGAAAUUAUUGUAUUCCUCAUCGUAAUAAAUAAAUUGUC